CCCUUUCCUUACCCUUUUUAAAGUCACGAGACCCACCUUUUAUGUCUCUUCUUGUUCUUUCUUGCCAUGGGAGGAGAGAGAAAUUUCAGUUUGUAUUUGCAGCUGACACCCAGCUAGAGUGAACUAAGAGAAAAUUUUAAACACUUAUUUCUUCUUCUACAUCACCUUCAAACUAACAACUUGUUUCAAACUCAAACUUAAUUUGCUCCCACAUCCAUCCAUCCAUCCAUGUAUGCUUACUCUCUCCUCUUGUUGGUCAUCCCAAAUCACAUAUAAGUCAAUCCUCCCUUCGCGACAUCGCCAAGCUAGUACUCCGAGGCCAGAGGGGAGCCCAUUGGACCUGAAUCAUUUGCCGGAGGAUUACACCAGAGACGGCAAACAGGUGUAUGAAGACACUUCCACUUCUGGGCAAAAGAAAAAGAAGAACAAAGAUGAAAGUGGGAAAGUGUAUGAGUGUAGGUUUUGCUCUCUCAAGUUCUGCAAAUCUCAAGCCCUUGGUGGUCAUAUGAACCGCCAUCGCCAAGAGAGAGAGACAGAAACGCUAAACAAGGCUCGUCAACUGGUCUAUAGCUCUGAUAACCCUCCCCUUCCGGUUCCUCAUCACCAUCCACACACCCAUUUAGGGUCUUAUGUUUCACCUGGUGCAAUGUAUCACCAACAGCCACCAACUCCUCCUCCUCCUCCUCAACUGUACUCUACAAGACCAAUAAUGUAUUCCGGUGGUGGUGGCGGAUCAUCAACAUCUCUUCAGCCGCCACACCAAUUCCAUCACCAUCAGCCAUGUUUGUACACAACAACGCCACCCCAACAACGUAUGGUUCAAUCAGGGGACUACUACAUGGCACAUGGUCAUGCAUUAACCGGAUCAUCCUCCACGAACUACACUUGUAUUGGAGCACCGGUAGGCAUACCAGGGAUCGCUGGACGACCCGGUGCCCGAAACAGUCUAGACCAGGAAGAUAGGGUUACAAGACCAUAUUAGCAUUAAUUAAGAUUAGUAGCUUAGUAAUUUCAGAGGCCCAUGCAAAAAGGGUUUGGUAAGGAAAUGUGUUUUAUUAAAAAAAGAAAAAAAAUAUUUGGAAUUAAUUUUAAAUAGUUUUUCUUGAGCUCACAAACAGUUGCAAUGUCUCUCUUUCUGAAGAGGAGCAGUGGCAGAGGAGAGAGAAUAAGCGAUUGUUUGUUUGGUAGGGAUUUGGAGGUUUAUGGGAAAGAGGAAACUGGAAGAAAACCAAAAGAAACUAGAGUUUGUGUUAUUGCAGGUUAACAACCAGGCCAGUUGGAUAUCAACUGAAUGUUUCCUAUUCUAACUUCUCUUGUUAGCUGCUGUUUCUCUUUCAUUACCCCUUUUCUUUUCUUUUCUUUUUUAUUUUUUAUUUUUUAUUUUUAUUUUCUUUUGCAUGCCUAUUUUAGGAGAUACACCGUUAAUAUGUUUAAUUUACGGACUAUUUAUUUACCACAACUAUUAAUUCGA